UAGAAAGAGAGAAACUUCCUGCUUUGUCUCUCAUCAUUCCUUGCUAGCUGAUCCCUCUGAAUAAUGGCCAGCCUUACUUCGCCGACAUUGCCGGUGCCGCCGCCGGCGGUGGGGAGGAGGGUGACGGUGCUGACCAUCGACGGGGGCGGCAUCAGAGGGCUCAUCCCCGGCACGAUCCUCGCCUUCCUUGAGAAAAAGCUCCAAGAGCACGACGGGCCGGACGCACGGCUGGCCGACUACUUCGACUACAUCGCCGGCACCAGCACCGGCGGCCUUAUCACGGCGAUGCUCGCCGCUCCGGGCAAGGACAAGCGCCCGCUCUUCUCGGCCAAGAAGAUCAACGAGUUCUACACGGAGAACGGGCCACAUAUCUUUCCUCAAAGGCCAUGGCCAGAAGUUGUAAACACGUUGAUUGAGAUCAAGGGGCCGAAAUACGACGGCAAGUUCCUACACUCCAAGAUCCAGAGCCUCCUUGGCGCGACGAGGAUGCAUGAUACCCUCACCAACAUCGUCAUCCCUACUUUCGACGUCAAGAACCUCCAACCCACCAUCUUCUCCACUUUCGACGCUCAGACCAUGCCUCUGAAGGACGCGCUCCUCUCGGACGUGUGCAUCAGCACGUCGGCGGCGCCGACGUACCUUCCCGCCCACUUCUUCCAGACCAGGGACGAGGCCACCGGCAAGACCCGCGACUUCAACCUCAUCGACGGCGGCGUCUCCGCCAACAAUCCAACGUUGUUGACGAUCAACCAGAUCACCCGGAAGAUGAUCGUGGACAAGCAGGAUCUCUUCCCGGGGGGCCCGAAGGACUACGACAAGUUCCUGGUGAUCUCCAUCGGGACCGGCUCGGCGAAGAACGCGGCGGUGUACACGGCCAAGGACGCCGCCGGGUGGGGCAUCCUGUCGUGGCUCCACAGCAAGGACGGGUACACCCCCAUCGUGGACAUGUUCAGCUACUCCAGCGCCGCGCUCGUCGACUACAACGUCUCCAUCCUCUUCCAGGCGCUCCGCAGCGAGAAGAACUACCUCCGCAUCCAGGAGGAUUCCCUCAUGGGCGCGGCAGCGACCGUGGACGUGGCGACGAGGGAGAACAUGGAGGAGCUGGUCCGGAUCGGGGAGAGGAUGCUGGCCAAGACGGUGAGCAGGGUGGACAUGGAGACGGGCAAGCACGUGCCGGUGCUCGAGGAAGGGACCAACGCCGACGCGCUCGCCCGCUUCGCCGAAAUGCUCUCCCAAGAAAGGAAGGCGAGGACGUCGUCGAGCUCGAGCCAAGGCAAGGCCAGGCAGCGUGUUGUGAAUUGAGAUCACGCUCAUGCUGUUUAUCAGUUAUUACCUGUGGCUACCAUACCAAAUUGCAUCCCCAUCAUAGUCACGUCUAGUGCGGGUGUGAGCCAGAUUAUUCAACUAUUUGGAAUAAGAUCGCCUAGUGGUUAUGAAGGAAGACAUUGUUUGUC